AUGGCUGCAGUUAUCAAAGCUCUCAAUGCCAAGAUUCGGUCGAAUCCGACGACGAGCUACAUUUGCUCUACCCAUUUCUGGGGGCCCGUCUCCAACUUUGGUAUCCCGGUCGCAGCCGUCAUGGACACACAAAAGAGCCCCGACCUCAUCUCUGGCCAAAUGACUGCUGCCCUGGUCAUCUACUCGGCGACUUUUAUGCGCUACUCUCUCGCCGUCCAGCCCAAAAACUAUCUCCUCUUUGCUUGCCACUUCGUCAACGAGUGCGCGCAGCUGACACAGGGCUACCGAUACCUCUCAUACCACAACUGGGGUGGCAAGGAGGCGCUCGAGGCUGCCAAGGGCCAAGCCUCCAAGGUCGAGGACAAGGCCAAGGCUAUCGUUGGCAAAUAA